AUGAAUUCAGACACCACUGCAGUUCCACAUUUGAGCAAUUCACAUAGUGCAAAAUCUAGUCUGUCGUCGUCCUUACUAGGCAGCAGCCAUAGCGGCAGCAAGAGGCAGAACGGCACCAACAUUCGCAAGUUCUUCAACAAAUUUCCAAGCCCAAAAUCGCCUCCACUGUCACCGCAUCCCGUCGACAAUAGUAGAUACCAAGGAGAUAUCAGCCACUGUCCAAUGAUGAACAGUAGGAAUAGUAGCAGCAUUAAUGAAGAGCUAUCUCCCACUCAGAAGCAGAUUGAUCUCGUGCGUACUAGUUGGGAAAGAGUCUCUGAAAUCCGACACGAAGCAGAUGAUAGAAAUGUAUCCGCCUCGCAUGCCUUUGGUUUAGCGUUUUACGAUGCUUUAUUUGAAAUGGAUGAAGACUGCAGACACUUGUUUGACAAUGUAUUUCAACAAGCAAGAGCUUUGACGGGCAUGAUCUCAUACAUUGCAAGAGCCCCUAAUGUAACUAAUAAUAACUCUACCGUGACAAGACCUGCCUGUUGCGGUGGUGGUAAUGGUGCUGACACUUAUACAUCCACUGGCCUUGAUUCCCCACCUUCGACACCCACUACAAUCAAAGGUAUCAAUGCUAGAAAGAGGGCGGUUGAUUGCGAUAGCAGUGGGGAGAUUUACGAUGAGGGAGACCCUGAAUGGCUUGCACUCCAAAUGAGAGAACUGGGUGCAAGACACUAUUUUUAUAAAGUAAAGCCACAUCAUUUAGAGCUUGUUGGUCCUGCUUUUGCUGCUGCCCUGAAAAAGAGAUUAGGGAAUGAAUAUACCACUGAAAUUGGAGAUGCAUGGGUCAAGGCAAACUCUUAUGCGGCAUAUAAUAUGAAAAUUGGCUUCGAUUCUCAGCAGGCCUGGGAGGAAGGCACUGCCAGUAACCGAUCUUCAAGGAAAAGCAAAGCAGCAUGUACAAUUCAAUAA